AACUGCCUGAUAAGGUCAGUCCUUUUUUCUGUCUAUUUCCUAUCCUGUAUAGUUGAUCUGUCUUUAGAAAGUUGAUUUUGAUUAAUUUCUCUCUUCUCUUUCAUCUUUUAGGUGAGACCAAGUUGGGGAUGCACUCAUAAUGAACGUCAACCAGUCAGCUCCACCUGUGCCGCCAUUUGGGCAGCCCCAGCCUGUCUACACAGGGUAUCAUCAAUCCAGCUAUGGUGGGCAACCAGGGUCCACAGCCCCACCAACUGCCUAUGGCGCCUACAAUGGCCCAGUACCAGGCUAUCAGCAAACACCUCUCCCAGGUGUGUCGAGAGCCCCACCUUCUUCAGAGGCACCUCCAGCCUCAACAGCACAGGCCCCUUGUGGCCAGGUUGCAUAUGGCCAGUUUGGCCAAGGAGAUGUACAGAAUGGGCCAAGCUCCACUGUUCAGAUGCAGAGGUUUCCUGGGUCUCAGCCUUUUGGGUCAGUCCCACUGGCCCCUGUGGUCAGCCAGCCAACUGUGCUUCAGCCCUAUGGCCCUCCCCCGACAAGUGCACAGGUGACUGCUCAGCUGGCCGGAAUGCAGAUCAGUGGUGCUGUGGCCCCAGCCCUUACCCCUGUGGGGCUGGGCUAUGGCCCACCAACAUCGCUGGCCUCAGCCUCAGGAAGUUUCCCCAACUCUGGUCUGUAUGGCUCCUAUCCUCAGGGCCAGACUCCCCCCCUUAGCCAGGCCCAGGGUCAUCUUGGGACCCAGCCUCCCCAGCGAUCUGCCCCACCACAGGCCUCCAGCUUCACAUCUCCAGCAUCAGGGGGUCCUCGGAUGCCUUCGAUGACUGGUCCACUCCUGCCUGGACAGGGUUUUGGGGGGCCCUCAGUGAGCCAGCCCAACCAUGUGUCCUCACCUCCUCCUCAAGCUCUGCCUCCUGGCACCCAAAUGACUGGGCCCCCAGGACCACCACCACCUAUGCACUCCUCCCAGCAGCCAGGCUAUCAGCUGCAACCAAAUGGUUCCUUUGGACCAGCCCGGGGCCCUCAGCCCAAUUAUGGAAGUCCCUACCCAGGAGCACCCACCUUUGGCAGUCAGCCUGGGCCUCCUCAACCACUGCCUCCUAAGCGCCUGGAUCCUGAUGCCAUCCCAAGCCCUAUUCAGGUUAUUGAGGAUGACAGGAACAACCGGGGUUCAGAGCCAUUUGUUACUGGAGUACGGGGACAGGUGCCACCCUUAGUCACCACCAACUUCCUGGUGAAAGACCAAGGGAAUGCAAGUCCCCGAUACAUCCGAUGCACAUCCUAUAAUAUCCCUUGCACAUCUGACAUGGCUAAGCAGGCUCAGGUGCCCCUGGCAGCUGUCAUCAAACCACUGGCAAGGCUGCCUCCAGAGGAGGCUUCACCGUAUGUUGUGGACCAUGGGGAAUCUGGCCCUUUGCGCUGCAAUCGCUGCAAAGCAUAUAUGUGUCCCUUCAUGCAGUUCGUUGAGGGAGGGAGGCGCUUCCAGUGCUGCUUUUGCAGUUGUAUCAAUGAUGGUAUGUUCACUUUCCCCCCCCAGUAUUUUCAACAUCUGGAUCAUACUGGCAAACGUGUGGAUGCCUAUGACCGUCCGGAGUUAUCCCUGGGCUCGUAUGAAUUCUUGGCCACUGUAGAUUACUGCAAGAACAAUAAGUUCCCCAGCCCUCCUGCCUUCAUCUUCAUGAUUGAUGUCUCCUACAAUGCCAUCAGGAGUGGUCUUGUUAGGCUCCUCUGUGAGGAGCUCAAGUCACUGUUAGACUUUCUACCUAGGGAGGGCGGAGCAGAAGAGUCAGCAAUCCGUGUUGGCUUUGUCACCUAUAAUAAGGUGCUCCACUUCUACAAUGUGAAGAGCUCCUUGGCCCAGCCACAGAUGAUGGUUGUAUCUGAUGUGGCCGACAUGUUUGUGCCACUGCUGGAUGGCUUCCUUGUCAAUGUCAGUGAGUCUCGGGCAGUCAUCACCAGCUUAUUGGAUCAGAUUCCUGAAAUGUUUGCAGACACGAGGGAGACAGAGACAGUAUUUGCCCCAGUUAUCCAGGCUGGGAUGGAGGCUCUAAAGGCUGCUGAGUGUGCAGGGAAGCUGUUUCUGUUCCAUACCUCCCUGCCCAUUGCAGAGGCCCCAGGGAAACUGAAGAACAGAGACGACAGGAAGUUGAUCAACACAGACAAGGAGAAGACUCUGUUCCAGCCUCAGACAGGUGCCUAUCAGACCCUGGCCAAAGAGUGUGUGGCCCAAGGCUGCUGUGUAGAUCUCUUCCUCUUCCCUAACCAGUAUGUGGAUGUGGCCACGCUCUCUGUUGUACCCCAGCUCACUGGUGGCUCUGUCUACAAAUAUGCUUGCUUUCAGGUGGAGAAUGACCAGGAACGGUUCCUGAGUGACCUGCGUCGGGAUGUCCAGAAGGUUGUUGGCUUUGAUGCUGUGAUGCGUGUUCGGACAAGCACUGGUAUCCGUGCUGUAGAUUUCUUCGGGGCUUUCUACAUGAGCAACACAACAGAUGUGGAGCUGGCUGGGCUGGAUGGGGACAAGACAGUGACUGUGGAGUUCAAGCAUGACGAUCGGCUCAAUGAAGAGAGUGGAGCCCUCCUGCAGUGUGCCCUGCUCUAUACUAGCUGUGCAGGGCAGCGACGGCUCCGUAUCCACAAUCUGGCCCUGAACUGCUGCACCCAGCUGGCUGAUCUGUAUCGAAACUGUGAGACUGACACGCUCAUCAACUACAUGGCCAAGUUUGCAUACCGGGGGGUGCUUAAUAGCCCCGUGAAGACUGUCCGUGAUACUCUCAUCACUCAGUGUGCCCAGAUCCUGGCCUGUUACAGAAAGAACUGUGCCAGCCCCUCCUCUGCGGGACAGUUGAUCCUUCCUGAGUGCAUGAAGCUACUCCCAGUUUACCUGAACUGUGUGUUGAAGAGUGACGUCCUGCAGCCUGGAGCUGAGGUUACUACUGAUGACCGUGCCUAUGUCCGACAGCUGGUUACUUCCAUGGAUGUGGCUGAGACCAAUGUCUUCUUUUAUCCUCGGCUUCUACCAUUGACAAAGUCUCCCAUUGAGAGUGCCACUGAACCACCAGCAGUUCGAGCAUCUGAAGAACGUCUAAGCAAUGGGGAUAUAUAUUUGCUGGAGAAUGGGCUCAACCUUUUCCUGUGGGUGGGAGCAAGUGUCCAACAGGGUGUUGUCCAGAGCCUCUUCAGUGUCUCCUCCUUCAGUCAGAUCACCAGUGGCUUGAGUGUUCUGCCAGUUCUGGAUAAUCCGCUGUCCAAGAAGGUGCGAGGCCUCAUUGAUAGCUUGAGGGCACAGAGAUCACGGUACAUGAAGCUUAUCGUGGUGAAACAGGAGGACAAGCUGGAGAUGCUGUUCAAGCACUUCCUGGUGGAAGACAAGAGCUUGAGCGGGGGAGCAUCCUAUGUGGACUUUCUGUGUCAUAUGCACAAGGAAAUCCGGCAGCUACUGAGCUAGAGCAAGUGGGUAAAUGGCAUAGGGUGCCAGGCCAGCUUCCAGAAAGUACCCCAGGAUGGCAGAGAAAUUGGAACAGUUCCAUAUCUAAGUCAUGUUAGCUGACCUCAGUCUCUUUGGGGGGAGGGGGAGGUAUAAGGAGACACCUUUCUGGGAUCAAGUAUCCUACCACUCUGUCAUGUCCUGCUGAUGAAAGGUGCCCCUAUCCCUUCACAUUACCCUCCUUUUCCUGCUAAUCCUGUCAUAAUGAAUGUAGUUUCUCAGUUCACUGUAUAUGAUUCGGUGUUGGGGGAUUUGAAGGCACCCAGACUCUGGCAAUAUUAUGUGUCCCCUUGGACCAGCCUCCAAGAAGAGAGGGGCAGGCAGGAAGGAAUGGGAAUCCCAGGGUUACCAUGGGGGGGAGGGGCUAAUUCAGCUCAGUGUCAUCAACAACUUCCUAUAUUAGGGAUAAAACAUACAGGUGCACAAGAGCUGGGGUAUAGACCAUAGAUGGUGGAGAGAGAAGUGGUUAGUCAGUCCUUCUUGGGCCUGGAAGUCAGCAACCAAGUCAAAGUUAGGGAGAGUGGUUGAUUAGCUUUUCUCUCUCUCCUGCAAUGAUCAGUGAUCACUCAAUGGAUAGAGGCACAUUAUCAGAGAUGAAUGAGCCUGGGAAAUGAGUUGCAAAGAAUAUUAAGACCUGGGAGAGGUACCAGCCUCUUUUCCAGCUGGAGAGGCUCCAACACUGGAUGGUUCUGUAGGGAGCCUGAUCAUCAACUUGCAAUACCUCACAGAGCCAGCCCCUAUCCCACUCUGAGCUCCCACUGGAAACACUGCUUCUCCAAGGUGGGAGUUGUUGGGGAGAGAGGCAGAGGCGGCUGGAGCUCUGUUCUCUCCUGCUGGGACACCACUCGAGCUUUGGUAUUGACAGAGUGGCUGACAGUUAUCUUCCAACCUGAACUGGCUGGGGCAGGACAAGGGCUAGGCUUGAUGGUGGCCAGGCUUGUCUGCUCCCAGCCUGGGAUUCCCCUGCUCUGGACCUCUCAUUUAUCUUCAUUGGUUUAUUUUUCAAUGCAUCUUUAAUUUGUAAAGAAAUAAAAUAAAUUAAGAUGUAACAA